CGGCGAGCUCGGGGCUGGAGAGCCGGCUGCGGGGCUGCGGACGUCGGCGUCCGGGUCCGCGUCGGCGUGCGGGGCAUGGCGUGCUCCCUGCCUCCCUGCGUGGUGGACUGCGGCACCGGGUACACCAAGCUUGGCUACGCAGGCAACACAGAGCCACAGUUCAUUAUUCCAUCAUGUAUUGCCAUCAGAGAGUCAGCAAAGGUAGUGGAUCAGGCCCAAAGGAGGGUGCUAAGGGGAGUUGAUGACCUUGACUUUUUCAUAGGAGAUGAAGCCAUCGAUAAACCUACCUAUGCUACCAAGUGGCCAAUCCGACAUGGCAUCAUUGAAGACUGGGACCUCAUGGAAAGGUUCAUGGAACAGGUGGUGUUUAAGUACCUUCGAGCGGAACCCGAGGACCACUACUUUCUACUGACAGAACCUCCACUGAAUACUCCAGAAAACAGAGAAUACCUUGCAGAAAUCAUGUUUGAAUCUUUUAAUGUCCCAGGGCUCUACAUUGCAGUGCAGGCAGUGCUGGCUCUGGCUGCCUCUUGGACCUCCCGGCAAGUUGGUGAGCGCACCCUCACAGGGAUAGUCAUUGACAGUGGAGAUGGAGUCACCCACGUCAUCCCAGUGGCAGAAGGUUAUGUAAUUGGAAGCUGCAUCAAACACAUCCCGAUUGCAGGUAGAGAUAUUACGUAUUUCAUUCAACAGCUGCUAAGGGAGAGGGAGGUGGGAAUCCCUCCUGAGCAGUCCCUGGAGACCGCAAAAGCCAUUAAGGAGAAAUACUGUUACAUUUGCCCUGAUAUAGUCAGGGAAUUUGCCAAGUAUGACAUGGACCCCCGGAAGUGGAUUAAACAAUACACUGGAAUCAAUGCAAUCAACCAGAAGAAGUUCAUUAUUGAUGUUGGUUACGAACGGUUCCUGGGACCUGAGAUAUUCUUUCACCCUGAGUUUGCCAGCCCAGACUUCAUGGCAUCUAUCUCGGAUGUUGCUGAUGAAGCCAUACAGAACUGUCCCAUAGAUGUUCGUCGCCCGCUGUAUAAGAAUGUCGUUCUUUCGGGAGGCUCGACAAUGUUCAGGGAUUUUGGACGUCGUCUGCAGAGAGAUUUGAAGAGAGUGGUGGAUGCCCGGUUGAGGCUGAGCGAGGAGCUCAGCGGUGGCAGGAUAAAGCCUAAGCCGGUGGAGGUUCAAGUGAUCACGCACCAUAUGCAGCGCUAUGCCGUAUGGUUUGGAGGCUCAAUGCUGGCCUCGACUCCGGAGUUCUUUCAGGUCUGUCACACCAAGAAGGACUAUGAGGAGUAUGGGCCCAGCAUCUGCCGCCACAGCCCUGUCUUCGGAGUCAUGUCUUAGCACUGGCAUGAGAACUAUCACGGGACAGUGCUGUGUUAGGGAGCAAGUGCCCUUCAGAGCCCGAGCACCACAGUUGCUGUAAACAGUGGCGUGUGGCGUUGGUGUCCGAGCAGCCUGCGUGGCCCCGUGCAGUCUUUCCAGUAAAGCCAUUUACCUGUGUGCCGACUGUUUCUCCUCCUGGUGACCCACUUUCCCUCCUCUCUCCAUAUGUGCUUCUAGUGGACAAAUCAGCCAAAGGGAGUCAGCGCAACCUUAAAAACUCUUAGAGGAAAAAAGUCUCAAAAUAGUCCCCCAGGAAAGAACAUGGGGUGAAAGCCUUGACCCUCCCAGCCUAUUUUUGUAAAUGUUGUGAACUUGAAAUACAAAUCAAUGUUUAUAUUUCCUAUCAUUUUGUAUUUUAUGGUAUUUGGUACAACUGGCUGACACUAAGCACGAUAGAUGUUGAUAUUAUGGAAGUCUGUAAUAAAGUUUUUAAUUGUGAGGCAUGUUCUGGUAUGUUUACAGCCCCCCUCCCCCCACAAAACAGCAGACUUCCUUGCCACAUUUUCUGUUAGAGGUACUCCUGGCAGUGUGUUUGCUGGAGCUUCCUGGAACUGUUUUGUGCAAGGUAAUGGUUUGAUGUUGCUGAGGUGUUGGAUGAAAGUACCACCUUGCACCAUUAUAAUAAAAGCUGUUGGAAUCUUUA